CCGAGGGGGGGAGUCACUUUAAAGGCUCUUUCUUACCCAUAAUGCUUUGUGGGGACGUUGACAAGUGGAUCCAAGAUGGCGUAGAAAGUAAUGACAGGAAUUGGAUGAAGUAAUUGAUCACUAAAGAACUACAGUGCUGGUGAGAUGUGUAAGAUUGAGGCAUUCUAUUGACAUUUGCCUUACCAAAAACAAAAAACAAAAAACAAAACUUGGGAGAGGAAAGUGGACGUAAAUCAAGAUCCUUUUAAAUUAUAAAGAGCUCUGAUGGGCUAUUUGGGUGAUCCCCAGUGCAGUGAACUGCAGGAUUUUGUCCCUGAGUCAUGGAAGACAGAAGAGCUGAGAAGUCAUGUGAACAAGCGUGUGAAUCACUUAAGAGGCAGGACUAUGAAAUGACCCUCAAGCACUGCACAGAGGCCCUCCUUUCUCUUGGCCAGUACUCCAUGGCCGACUUCCCAGGGCCAUGUCCACUGGAGAUAGAAAGCAUCAAAAUCGAGAGUCUUCUUUACAGAAUUGCCUCAUUUUUGCAACUGAAAAACUAUGGGCAAGCUGAUGAAGAUUGUAGGCAUGUGCUGGGAGAAGGCCUGGCCAAGGGAGAUGGGGCCUUUCAGGCAGUGCUCUGCUGUAUGCAGCUGAAAGGAAAGCUUCAACUGGUAUCCAGCAUUCUUGCCAAGUCACUGACAGGAGAGUCCCUGAAUGGGAUGGUAACAAAAGAUUUGACAAGACUAAAAACACUUCUCACAGAAACAGAGACAGCCACUAGUAACGUCCUGUCUGGAUAUCACGUGGAAGACUUGGAAGGGGGAUCUUGUAAUGGUUGGCAUUUCCGCCCACCACCUAGGGGAAUCACAAGCAGCGAGGAAUAUACUUUGUGUAAAAGAUUUUUAGAGCAAGGAAUCUGUAGGUAUGGUGCGCAGUGUACUUCAGCACAUUCCCAGGAAGAACUAGCAGAAUGGCAGAAAAGAUAUGCUUCACGCUUGAUAAAAUUGAAACAGCAAAAUGAGAAUAAACAGCUCUCAGGCAGUUACAUGGAAACCUUGAUAGAAAAGUGGAUGAAUUCAUUAUCUCCUGAGAAAGUGCUUAGUGAAUGUAUAGAAGGAGUAAAAGUAGAGCAUAAUCCUGAUCUGUCAGUCACUGUCAACACCAAAAAGUCUCACCAGACAUGGACCUUUGCUCUUACUUGUAAGCCUGCAAGAAUGCUGUAUCGUGUAGCAUUGCUUUAUGAUGCUCAUCGUCCUCAUUUUAGUAUCAUUGCAAUAUCUGCCGGAGAUAGUACUACCCAGGUAUCACAAGAAGUCCCAGAAAACUGUCAAGAAUGGAUAGGAGGAAAGAUGGCCCAAAAUGGAUUAGAUCAUUACGUGUAUAAAGUCGGGAUAGCAUUUAACACAGAAAUAUUUGGAACUUUUCGCCAAACCAUAGUUUUCGACUUUGGAUUGGAACCAGUACUCAUGCAAAGAGUAAUGAUUGAUGCAGCUUCUACAGAAGAUCUUGAAUACCUGAUGCAGGCAAAACAACAGCUAGUAACCACAGCUAAGCGUUGGGAUUCUUCUUCUAAGACUAUUAUAGAUUUUGAACCCAAUGAAACUACUGAUUUGGAGAAGAGCCUUCUUAUCAGAUACCAAAUUCCUCUCUCUGCUGACCAGCUCUUUACCCAGUCCGUUUUAGACAAAUCGUUGACCAAGACCAACUAUCAGUCACGGCUGCAUGACCUUCUUUAUAUUGAGGAGAUAGCCCAGUAUAAAGAAGUCAGCAAGUUCAACCUUAAAGUGCAGUUGCAGAUUCUAGCAAGUUUCAUGCUCACUGGAGUUUCUGGAGGUGCAAAGUAUGCUCAGAAUGGACAACUUUUUGGUCGCUUUAAGCUUACUGAAACACUUUCUGAAGAUACUUUGGCUGGACGGCUGGUGAUGACCAAAGUCAAUGCUGUUUAUUUAUUACCAGUCCCUAAAGAGAAGUUAGUACAGACCCAGGGAACCAAAGAGAAGGUUUAUGAAGCUACUAUUGAAGAAAAAACAAAAGAAUAUAUAUUUUUAAGGAUAUCCAGGGAAUGCUGUGAAGAACUUAAUCUUCGGCCUGAUUAUGACACACAGGUUGAACUUCAGUUUCAAUUAAAUCGAUUACCCCUCUGUGAAAUGCAUUAUGCGCUAGACAGGAUCAAGGACAACGGGGUUUUGUUUCCAGACACCACUAUGACUCCAACCAUACCUUGGAGUCCUAACAGACAAUGGGAUGAGCAGUUGGAUCCUCGGCUAAAUGCAAAACAGAAAGAGGCUGUCCUGGCCAUUACAACUCCACUUUCAAUACAGCUGCCUCCUGUUCUCAUCAUUGGACCCUAUGGGACAGGCAAAACAUUCACUCUAGCUCAGGCUGUCAAGCACAUACUCCAGCAGCAGGAGACGAGCAGGAUCCUCAUUUGCACCCAUUCUAAUAGUGCUGCUGACCUCUACAUAAAGGAUUAUUUACAUCCAUAUGUAGAAGCAGGCAAUCCCCAGGCAAGACCUCUCAGGGUAUAUUUCAGAAAUCGCUGGGUAAAGACUGUCCACCCAGUUGUGCAUCAGUACUGUUUGAUCUCAAGCGCACAUUCCACCUUUCAGAUGCCACAGAAAGAAGAUAUUCUUAAACACCGAGUGGUUGUUGUUACAUUGAAUACUUCCCAGUACCUCUGUCAGUUGGACCUUGAACCUGGGUUUUUUACACACAUUCUAUUAGAUGAAGCUGCCCAGGCCAUGGAGUGUGAAACCAUUAUGCCUCUAGCAUUAGCAACUAAAAACACUCGGAUUGUCUUGGCUGGUGACCACAUGCAGCUCAGUCCUUUUGUUUACAGCGAGUUUGCCAGGGAGAGAAACCUUCAUGUUUCAUUACUUGAUCGACUCUAUGAGCAUUACCCUGCUGAGUUUCCGUGUAGGAUCCUCCUCUGUGAGAACUACCGCUCCCAUGAAGCUAUCAUCAAUUACACCUCUGAGCUCUUCUAUGAGGGCAAAUUGAUGGCCAGUGGAAAGCAACCAGCACACAAGGAUUUCUACCCACUAACUUUCUUUACAGCACGAGGGGAAGAUGUACAAGAAAAAAACAGCACAGCUUUUUAUAAUAAUGCAGAGGUAUUCGAAGUGGUGGAACGUGUGGAAGAGUUGAGAAGGAAGUGGCCAGUAGCGUGGGGGAAGUUGGAUGAUGGCAGUAUUGGUGUGGUCACUCCAUAUGCUGAUCAAGUGUUCAGGAUACGUGCUGAACUUCGAAAAAAGAGAUUAUCUGAUGUUAAUGUAGAAAGGGUGCUAAAUGUUCAAGGAAAACAGUUCAGAGUUUUGUUUCUUAGCACAGUGCGUACAAGGCAUACUUGUAAACAUAAACAGACACCGAUUAAGAAGAAAGAGCAGCUGCUGGAAGAUUCCACGGAGGAUUUAGAUUAUGGUUUUCUCUCUAACUACAAACUUCUCAAUACUGCCAUCACAAGAGCACAAUCCCUGGUUGCUGUGGUGGGCGAUCCCAUUGCUCUGUGCUCUAUUGGAAGAUGCAGGAAAUUUUGGGAACGGUUUAUUGCCCUGUGUCAUGAAAAUAAUAGCCUACACGGAAUCACUUUUGAACAGAUCAAAGCUCAGCUAGAGGCUUUAGAACUCAAGAAGACGUAUGUGUUGAAUCCACUGGCGCCUGAAUUUAUCCCCCGGGCUCUACGACUGCAGCAUUCAGGAAAUACCAACAAACUGCAGCAGUCACCCCCCAAGGGGAAAAGUCUCCAUCAUACCCAGAAUGAUCAUUUCCAGAACGAUGGAAUUGUUCAGCCCAAUCCUUCUGUACUUAUUGGCAAUCCUAUUAGAGCAUAUACUCCUCCACCCCCUCUUGGACCUCACCCAAAUUUGGGGAAAUCUCCAAGCCCUGUUCAAAGAAUAGAUCCUCACACUGGGACAAGUAUUCUUUACGUACCUGCUGUCUAUGGAGGGAAUGUAGUUAUGUCGGUGCCUUUACCUGUACCAUGGACAGGGUACCAGGGCAGAUUUGCAGUCGAUCCUCGGAUCCUUACACACCAGGCAGCGAUGGCCUACAAUAUGAACCUCUUACAGACACACGGACGGGGGUCUCCCAUACCGUAUGGCCUUGGGCACCAUCCACCUGUCAGCAUAGGGCAGCCGCAAAACCAGCAUCAGGAGAAGGAGCAACAUGAGCCAAGUCGAAAUGGUAAAAGUGAUACAAAUAAUCCUGGACCUGAAAUUAAUAAGAUUCGAACACCAGAGAAAAAGCCUACAGAAUCAAAACAGAUCGAUUUGGAAUCAAAUCCACAGAACAGAAGUCCUGAGUCGCGUCCUGGUGUUGUUUAUCCCAAUACCAAAUUUCAUCGCAAAGAUAAUCUCAACCCGAGACACAUAAAUCUUCCUCUCCCGGCUCCCCACGCACAGUAUGCCAUCCCCAGUCGUCAUUUUCAUCCCCUUCCCCAGCUACCCAGACCACCGUUUCCGAUUCCACAGCAGCACGCCCUGUUAAAUCAGCAGCAGAGUAAUUUGCCUGAACAACCAAAUCAGAUGCCACCCCAGCCAAAUCAGGUAGUCCCGCCACCAAAUCCGCUGAACCAGCUGACUCCGCAGCCGCCUCCUCAGCUUUCUCCUGCCUAUCAGGCAGGACCCAACAGCGCUUUCUUUAAUAGCGCCGUGUCUCACCGCCCGCAGUCCCCACCCGCAGAGGCUGUGAUCCCCGAGCAGCAGCCGCCUCCCAUGCUGCAGGAAGGCCAUGGUCCUCUGCGAGCCAUCGCACAGCCCGGCCCCCUCCUUCCGUCACAUCUGAGUAACUUCACUGAUGAGAACCCCCCAGGAUUGCCUGUAGGGGAGGCUUUAGAUCGUAUUCACGGGAGUGUAGCUCUAGAAACACUAAGGCAGCAGCAACGUGCGGUUCAGCAGUGGACUGAGCAUCACGCAUAUCUCAGUCAGGGCAGUAUUCCGUACCCGCACCAUCACCGCCCGCAUCCUCACCUCCAGCACCUUCCUCAGACGCCCAUCGGAUUGCAUCAGCCCCCAGUGAGAGCAGAGUGGAAGCUCCCCAGCGGUGCCGAAGAUGAAGCAGAAACCACAGACUCCAGGUUUCAAGACUUAAUCAGAGAACUGUCUAAUCGUGAUCAAAGUGAAACACGGGAACUAGCUGAAAUGCCACCACCUCAAUCAAGACUUUUGCAAUAUAGACAAAUUCAGACUAGGAGCCCACCAGCAGUCCCAUCCCCAUCCAGCACAGACCACAGUAGCCACUCUAACUUUAAUGACAACAGCAGAGACAUUGAAGUAGCCAACAACCCAGCAUUUCCACAGCGCCUACCGCCCCAGAUAUUCAGCUCGCCUUUCUCGUUGCCAUCUGAACACCUUGCCCCUCCUCCCUUGAAAUACCUGGCACCUGACGGAGCAUGGACUUUUGCUAACUUACAACAGAAUCACCUAAUGGGGCGGUUUCCCUAUGGCCUACCUCCAUUGCCGCACAGGCCACCGCAAAACCCUUUUGUACAAAUACAGAAUCAUCAACAUGCUAUUGGUCAAGAGCCAUUUCACCCAUUGUCAUCUCGAACAGUAUCUUCUUCUUCGCUCCCUAGCUUAGAAGAGUAUGAACCCAGAGGACCUGGUCGGCCCUUGUACCAAAGAAGAAUCUCAUCUAGCUCAGUCCAGCCUUGUUCUGAAGAAGUAAGCACUCCUCAAGACAGUCUUGCUCAGUGUAAAGAGCUUCAGGACCAUAAUAACCAAUCUUCUUUCAACUUUUCAUCCCCGGAAUCCUGGGUAAACACCACCUCAUCUACCCCCUAUCAGAACAUUCCGUGUAAUGGAUCCAGCAGGACAGCUCAGCCCAGAGAGUUGAUCGUUCCACCCAAGACCGUCAAACCCCCUGAGGAUCAGCUGAAGUCUGAGAACCUCGAGGUGUCCAGUUCCUUCAACUAUAAUGUGCUGCAGCAUCUCGGCCAGUUCCCCCCUCUCAUGCCCAACAAGCAGAUCGUGGAGUCGGCCAACAGCAGUAGCCAGCAGAGCUCUGGGGGCAGCAAGCCCGCCAUGUCUUAUGCCAGUGCUUUGCGGGCCCCUCCCAAGCCCAGGCCCCAGCCUGAGCAGGCCAAGAAGAGUAGCGACCCUCUGUCUCUGUUCCAGGAACUUAGCCUGGGGAGCUCAUCAGGCAGCAAUGGCUUUUACUCCUAUUUUAAAUAAUCACUUUUUUUUCCCCUCAAGGGAGAAUGUUUUAAUUUCUGUUUGUAUCAGUAGAAUUAAGAUAGUUGGACUUCAUCUAUAGAUGCACAGUUCCCUUUGUUUUAAUAUUAAAUAUGUUCUCACUUACUUGCUUUGCUGCUAGACUUGCGACUAAUUUUUUAAAAGUCUAUUCCAUUAUUUUGCAUUUUUGACGUGAGUCUUUUGACAGCUUUUAUGUAGAAUAAAAAAUAUUUUUAAAUUUGUGUAUUGUUACAUAUGUUUGCAUCAAGCUAGCAGCUAAGAGGUUAAUUGUGCAACUAUAAAAAAAAAAGAAAAAAAACUUUGUCUAAAAUGUAUUUAAAAAGAAAAAAAAUUGUAAGUAGCAUUUACAUUUAUUCAAUAAUAUUACCAUAUGCUGGGUUUCUGUACCAGAAAUGGCCAGUUGAUGUACAAAUGUAUGUUAUUUUUGCUUAAAUUCAUUUAAAAUUUUUUAAAAUAAAGGGGCAGCAUCUUCUAAAUACUUUAAGUUUUAUCAGCUUUUUUUUUUUUUUUUUUUUUUUUUGGUGACAAGAUGCUGCAUUCUAAAACUUUUAUAGUUUUAGACUAUGUAUGAUGUGCUGUUGUAAUCUCCAUCCACUGUAGGAUAGAGUUAAAGGCAUUCUUUGCAGGUGUAUUUUGUAUGCCACUGUUUUUUGUAACAUGAAAAAACAUUGGCAUAUUUAGUUAUUUUUUGGACAAGCUAUACUUCAAGCUUGUUUUUAACGUUAAUUUGAUAGUGUGUGUGUGUUUUUUUUUUUAAACAAAUCAUGAAGCUGAAAAAUUUUUAGGAUUGUUGGUGCUUAGUAGACUUGAUAACUAUUUUAAAAAUGCGUGAAUUUAGUAAAAUCCUUUUUUUCUCACUAUGCAUGUGUAAAUGUUUGUAAUCUGGCUUCCCCCCCUCUCCAGUGGUAUAAAGAAUUGUACCGCUUUAAGGUUUGUUUUUUUUUUUUCCCUCCAGUAAAAAUUUUGGUACCUUAUUUGAUGUUUACAUUAAAAUGUGACAUUAUAUAUGGCAAUUCCAAUAUUUUGCUAACUGUUUUGUUUGAGGACAUCAUUAAAAAGAAAUAUAAUGUUUGUCCAAAAUGUAUCAAAAUUCAUCAAAAUCUGGGGCAAAAAACUACCCUUGUUUUUCAUGUCUUUUGAUUCUCAUAAAAUAACCCCACUGAACUUGUAUAAAAACAUAAAAUUUAAAUAGCUAUCUUAAUUAUCCUACAGUCUAAAAAUUGUUUUGAAUGAACUUUGGUAAAAUCCAAAGGAAAACAUUUACCCUCUUGAAACUUGUGGUCUUGUAACACAUUUGAAACAAUGCAUGUCCUUAUUGUUUUCCUGAUUUGGUAGUACUACUUUUCUACUUCAGAGAUAUCUUGAAACUACAAUAUAACUUUUUUUUUUUAAAAUAAGAUAAGGUUGGAAAACAUUGCUAAUGAACCAAUGGAUCCCGAUGAUCCUUUCCAAAAUAGUUUUUUGGAGGACUACUUUGAAUAGGCCAUCCUGUAUUCACAGUACAUUUUUAAAAUGGGGUUGAAAAGGACCAGGAGUACAGAAAACUCCUUGCAUCUCUUCUGGGUCUGGAGUUCAGUUGCUGGCGGCCAGCUACAGCGCCCCCCCCCCCCCAUCAUCCUCAGACAGUUUAGGAGAAGAGAAUGCCUUGAGUUCAAGGUUAGCGAGUCUGCAGGACAAACAAAGAGCACCUCCAUUCUUCCGAUCUGUCCUUCUGCUCAGAGUGGGUGCCCGUCAUUUGCCUGUGGCUUUCCGUCAGGGGCCACGAGUCCUCGUGUGAGGCAGCAGAUGGAGACGUGUCGACUGCAGACGUGUUAAUGGUUAGUAUAAAUCACGGUUGGAAAACAGAGUCGGCAAGUUCCAGCACCACAGUUUUCUCUGGCUGAUGUCAGACCGCCGCAUUGACCUAGGUCAGAUUUUGCUCGAGAUAACUUUAGUCACAAGAAAAGAAGAAAAUGUUUCGCCACAUAGCUAUGUAUUUCCGAUUCUCUGACGAAACUCAAGACUAGCCCAAACGAAGAUUAGAUCUCCCUGAUGUGAGGAUGUCUGUGAGAAAUCGUUUUUUUCAAUGGUGAUGAUUUUCUCUCCCCCCCAACCCCCCAGCAGAAAUGUUUGGGAGCGUUUGAGAAUAGGAAGACAGAACUGGCACACGUCAGGGCUUUCAGAUAAUCCUUUGCUGUGGAGUGAUUGCCUGAUUUUCGGUUUUCCGUUCUUGAACCUUUAAAAAGCAUCAGUUUGAAAUUAUUUGUAUUUAUAGUUAACGAGGUCAAGGGCAUAUCCCACCGCUUUACAUAAAUACACCGACACUGGAAGCUUUGGAUAAGGAAGCUGCGAAGUCGUUGUGGCAGCCUUGUUUCAGCAGUUAUUUCCAAAAACACUAGAGAUAAUAGCUGCUUAUCCGUCCCCUGUCUGCUGUGUCCAAGUGGCCCUCAUUUCCUUACUGUUCCUGCAGCCAGUCAAGGAUUCGGAUAUCGUUUUCAUCUACUACCUUUUUAGAUUCUGCCUCGAGUGCGUGUUCUAGCACACCUGCCCUUCCUCAGCUUCACUUAAUGCCAUCUUCCCAACCAUAAAUAAUGGUUCUGAGCAAGUCUUACUGCAGGAAUCACUAAAUUUCUCUUGCAAUGAGGCGUGACUUCUGAGGGCCGUUCAUGCUGUCUGGGUAUUACUUAGGUAGUAUUAGCCAGUACCCACAAAGCAGAGUUAGAAACAACUUAUGUGCUGGGUUCAACCUUAGAGUUGAGAUGGAACUUUUUUUUUUUUUUUUUUAAAGAAACCUUGAUGUUAACACUUGGAUGAUACCAACUAUUACCAGCUUCCUUUUCUUCCAGAAUAGAUUUCUUUUCAGUGAAGUUAAUUGUUCACACGAUGUCUUUCUACUUCUUUGUUCUUCAUAUCACUCUGAGGUUUUCCUUUUUCUUGCCAGAAUCUUUUUUUUUUUCAUCUCACUUUUUCAGUGCUACUUGAGAUUUUCUUUUUUUUUUUUUUUUACCUUAAAGAAAUUCUUUUGGGUGAUAGCACUUGUAGAGUAUCUAUGUUCAAGAUUUUUCUCCUGAUCUAAAAAUGAAUUUUUGUUAAGGUUAGAAGAAAGAAACUCAUUCAGUGUAACGUGGGUGUUUUCUGGUGUGUUUUUAAAAGGGGUUUUGGCUGCCAAUUUGGCACACACUUUGCCAAAUUGUUUUAGCAGAGCUUUGUUUUUGAUUAAUCAGUAGUUAAUUAUUGACCAUUUAAACUAACAUGACCUUAAUUUUCCUUUCCUCAGACAGAUAGGCUUUCUAUGCAGGUCAUUUUGCAUAUAUGAAAUAACAAACUGCUUUGUGUGAUUUUUUUUUGUGAGAGAUUCUAGAAUAAGUUCAGGUUCAGUGUAAACAUCAGUUGGUCUUUUCAGUUCAAAGAAUUGCAGAAUAAGUAAAAUAAGCAGAAUUCCCACUGAAUAAGCAUUACCUAAUUAAACAUAGCAAUCUCCAAGACCCAUUUGCGAAAAUAGUUUCUUUGUUUAUGGAGGCAUUGAAAUUGCUGAGAAAGCUAACUGAAUUUCCUCACUUUGAGAUAAUUAAUAUAUGGUAUUAUCUUGCUCUAGUGUAGUUACCUGACAUGUUUAAUAUUUUUCAUGUAUAUACAUCUUAAGAGCAAAACUGUAAACAUAGAAGAAUGUAUCUCUAGCCACCUUGGCUAGAGAGAGCCACCCUUGCCUGAGAGCCAGGGGUGUGAAAAAACUGUUUCAAGUUAAACUUUAGAUAUCAGCUGUUGUUCUUAAGAAAAUUAGAUUUACUGAAAUAGUCAUUUAAAAAGACACACCGGUUAGAUAGCAUUGUUUCAUAUCAGAGUUGUCUCUGAAAAGGGAGUCCCAGAAAAAGUAUAAAAAUACAAGAUUAAAACUUUAAAUAUAUUGAGACAUACAGAUUGCUGCCUUAAAAUGUAAUUUAGGCUACAUCCGUUGGUUUUUUUUUUUCCUUCUAGCUCCACAAAGGUAGUAAUUUGUCCUUUAUGAUUAACCAGACAUCAUUUCUUAUGAGCCAUCCCCCACCCCGCCCCCGCCAACAAUACAAAAACCCUUAAUUUCUACCACCACCCUCCGUGUCUGCCUAAAUCUUGGAAUUAAAUGUGUUAACCUGAUUUUCCUCUCCCCUCUUUGCCAUCUGAUCCACAAACUACCCAGCAAUUAGGAAUAAUGGCUAAUGUUCUAUGAUUUCUUGUUCAAAAUAUCACGUAGCGAUGUCCAUCAUAUUAUAAAGAUACGGUCAUGAAAGAGUACGUGGCAUGCUCGUCUUCAGAGUUCUCAUAUAUUGGGCGUCUUGCCUUUCCCUUCUACUUGAAGUUGGGUAUUUAUUUGCUGAGAUUUCACUGUAAAGCUGCUAAAUUCACACUUAACUACUUUCAUACAUCUGUUCAAUUAGCAAUCGCAAGACCAUUGUUAAAAGGAGUGAAUCUUACUAACGUUUAACAUUCUUAUAAGACACGUUCAGAAAAUGUAUUGUUAACUACUUUAAACUAGAAUAUCAAACAUUAAAAAUAAGACAUUUUUAAUGUAACAUUUGAAAUUUUUGAAAUGAUGGAAAAAAUAUCUAAUUUGGAAUAAACUUCAAGGAAACAGUCACAGGAGUUUCUAAAUUUUUUUGAAGGGAGAGAUCUGAUAGAAGAAUCUAGACUUAGUAAUGUAAGCUGCGGUUAAACCCCAAACCCAGUUAUAUAGUUGUCUGAAGCUUCUAAAACUGGAGCGUGAAGGAAACCCAGAGACAUUCAUACACGUAUAGUUUCAGCAAUCAGUAUUAGACCAGACUUUAUUUGCAAUUUGUUCAACAGAGAGAUUUUAUUUUGAUACAAAUAUUAAGCAUAAAGCAUAGUAAGUUUUAAAUAUAAUUCUAUGAGUUCAUUAAACGAUAUUAUGGAACUUUCAUUAUGUUCUUGGGGUGUCUUUUUAGCUAUUUCUGCACCUCAUAUAGGAGGCCUCUUCUGUAUUCCGUUUUGUAUACUAGCAUGUGACUGCCUGCCUUAGAACUAUGUCUAGGAGGGGAAAUCGAUAUUACUUUAAAAAAUACUUGGUUUUUGCAAAUAAAUUUUUUCAUUAAUACCUUUUUUGAUACUUGAGAAGUGUAGGGGAUGGAAGGGGUAGCCAAUGACAUAGCUUUAACACAGAAGUCCACCAGUAGUAUCUGUUUAAAGAUCUGUCUUAUUUUAAGAUUCUAGAAGCUCGAGAAGGGAGGAGCAGUGGUUCUCAAACUUCAGCUAGCAUCGGAGUUACCUGGGAUCUUGCUGAAACACAGACAGAUGGCUGGGCCCUGGCCUGCAGUUUCUGAUCCCAGGCUGAAGCCUCAUCAUUUGCACUUGCAACAAGUUCUCAGGUGACGCUGAUGCUGCUGGUCCAGGACCCACACUUUGAGAACUGCUGGUCUAGAGAAAAUCCGAUGGUCUUUCUAACCGUGCAUGUCUUUGCUCAGUGUAAACAACUUACCAUGUGAGAAGGUUUUAGCAGUUAUGAUGUCAUGAGUGGAACAUUCAUGGAGAAAGAUCUCUGUGGAGUGACGAGAGCCUCUGGGUUGGCCGCCGCCAUCCCUCCCCCGCAUCGCCCACCCCCAAUACAGUCUGUGCUACUCUCCUGCGUUAGGGUGCAGGAGCUCGUUCAUUUCUAGGCCGAGAUUGGUUUUGUGUACCCUGCAGCCUGGGCUUUGUUCUAGAAGCUGUGCAUCUGUUUGGUGGGCUUAGCGUUGGUCUUGGUCCCUACACGUGGAGAUGAGAAUUGUGAAAGGGAGCCAUCCGAGUGUCACGGUACAGGAGGCCCGGUCCUAGGAUGGCAGUGAUGUGGAGCAUUAAAAACAAUAAGUAAUCCCCAAAUAAUGUGUUUGUGGUUUUUACAGCUUUUGGGGGGGGGGUGUGGGCUGUGGGGCUUCGAAGGCAAAGGAUUUGCUUUUCAAAUGAUGCGUUUCUCAGGUUAACAAAGUUACGCUGGAUUCCCUGCCAGCAAGCAUUAGGGGAGCCUGAAGUGUUGUAGAUGGCAGAAAAUUGGUGAUUGUCUCUGAUUCCUUCCCUACUUAAAACAAAUCUACAUAUGUUUGCAACAACAGUCUGGGGGGAUCCACACCGACGAAGCAGGAGUUAUUCAUAAACCAUAGGUGCGUAUGUAUGAGCAAGGUAUUUUUGAGCAAGAAACUGAGAAAGUCUUUGGAUAUUUAAAAAAUUUCUAUAUUAUUGUCGUUGGUAAUGUUCCCCCCAGACUGCAGCUUGAGGGGUAUUGGGCUCUGACUCUGGCUUUUAGUUUGGCUUUGAAUUUACUGAGAUACUAGAAGGAGAAAAAAAAGUACUUCAAAAGCAAUAGAGUUCUAGAAUGACUUAGGUGUAGAAGUACCCAUGAUAA